GGGUAAGAAUGUGGUGUUUUAUUUGUUUGUAAAUGGUCAGCACUAUCUUUUUAUUGGAUGCAUGGCUAAAUUGCAUAUAUUUUGUACCCAUGAUUAUUGCCUAGUCAAAAAUAUACAUUUAAACUACGUAUAAGACGUUUCCAGAGCUGCUAUAGUGAUUAAAUAAUCCUCCCCAUUGGACUCCACCACCGCUGUCCGGCUCCAACGCUUGGCUCACCGCCCUCUCUUGCCCCGUCCAAGCAGCCCACGGUUCGAUGCCGAAUCCGUCAGAAGGUCAAGAAGCAAACUGUUGUGCCCUGCCUGGCCGGCCGCCGCCGCAGAGGCCCGGCGAGCAAGAAGAUGGCCGCGGCGCCGUGUUUAGCUCUCUCUCGUCUCAGGAAACGGCCAAACCACGUCGGGCGUCCAGCGCCGAACUCCACAUCCAGUGGACCUGUCCGGUCACGCACUCCCAGGAGACGUUCUACACGGUGUGCUCCGACUACGCCCUCCUAAACCAGGCCACAGCCGUGUACUGCCCCCAACCGGACACCCUCAGCAGCAGAGACGCAGUGCCCAAGAUGCAUGAAGAGGGGGCUCUUAUUGUGAAGCCGUUGCUGGAGCUGAGUCAGAUAGAGGUGACCAGCGUUGGGUCGGACGGGGACUACGAUAUGGAGGAGAUGUCCGCCCACAACAAACCUAUCCUCGCCUGGGAGAUCGACACAACAGACUUCGCGGCCGUUCUGACUAGGAAGAGUAAAACAAGCAACCCCAAGAAGGCGGGCUCCAAGAAGACGAAGAGCCGGAACCUCCAGGACCCUCCCCUUCACCCAGCCCAGGAGGAGCUCCGACAGAGGAAGGUGCUGGACCUCCGGAGAUGGUACUGUAUCAGCCGGCCGCAGUACAAGACGUCGUGUGGGAUCUCCUCGCUGAUCUCCUGCUGGAACUUCCUGUACAGCACGCUGGGGGCGGGAAGCCUUCCUCCCCUCUCUCAGGAGGAUGCCCUCCACAUCCUGGGCUUCCAGCCGCCGUUCGAAGACAUCAAGUUCGGACCGUUUACCGGGAACGCCACGCUCAUGAGAUGGUUCCGGCAAAUCAAUGAAAACUUCAGAGUUCGAGGUUGCUCCUAUAUUCUGUACAAACCCCACGGAAAGCACAAGACUGCAGGGGAAACUGCGGAGGGGGCGUUGCAGAAGCUGACCCAGGGUCUGAAGGACGCGUCCAUGGCUUACAUCUACCACUGUCAGAACCACUACUUCUGCCCGGUGGGCUUCGAGGCCACACCCCUCAAGGCUUCCAAGGCAUACAGGGGGGCUCUGCCAGCCAACGACACGGAACAUUGGAUUCUCAUCGGAGAGCCGAGCAGGAAACACCCGGCGAUUCACUGCAAAAAGUGGCUCGAUAUCGUGACGGACCUGAACACACAGAACCCAGAGUACCUGGACAUCCGCCACACAGAGAGGGGGAUUCAGUACCGAAAGACCAAGAAGGUGGGCGGGAACCUCCACUGCAUCAUGGCCUUCCAGAGGGUGCACUGGCAGAAGCUGGGCCCCUGGGCCCUCAACCUGGAGAACCUGCGCCACGACUUCCACCAGCGGGAGCCCGAGUCUGCCAACUGUCCCGCGCCCGAGGGGAGUGGCAGCGGCGGGGAGGACAAGACCUCCGCCAAGCGCCUGGCCCGCCUCGGACGCUCUCAGAGCACGGGAAGUCCGAAGGACACUGCCUGGAAGCGGUUGUCGAACACGACGGACAACCGGAGGAGGAGCCCGGCGGGGUGUGACAUUGAGGAGCACCUGACAGACUGAGGUGUGGGAGCGAGCCGGCGCGCGACGAGAGAUGAGUGUUCCAACCACGCCAGAGACAUCGAGGUACAACUGCUACGCUACGCUACAAUCGCAACGUUCCCGUUCCCUCUCCACUCCGAAUGUAAGGUUAAAAUAGUAACAACUAACUAAGUUAAAUGCUAAACUAUGAGCUACCCUACUUAACUUUUAGCUUAGUUUAAACUUUGACCAUCAUGUGGGAACCUGGAGGCCGUCAGAUGUCGGGGUAGAAGCGUUAAACCCCCCCAACUUUUUUAGGUCAAAUGAUUCCUAUGGUUCUUUGAAUAAACAGUACGUCUUGUUUUGACAAUCUGAGCUACCAACAGGGACUAUAGUGCAACAGAGCGCUCUACAGUAAAUACAAUGUGAUAUCUGGUGACAUGCUAUGUGGUUUGAAUUGAAUGAAUGCCGAUUGUUUAUUUAUUGUAUUUGUUCUUAAGUGUAAUAAGUUGGAGUAGAGCUUCAUGAACCUGGAUGACCCUUGCUGAUAGUGUAGUGUAGUUAUCCUAUUCAUGUUUUCUGUCUUAAACAUAUUCCCUUCAUAUUUGAUACCCUCAACCCCCAUGUUCAACACCCCUUCAGUGUUUUGGACAUAGUUCUUAAGGAAAACAAUAAAUAUUAAUAGAAACCUUUGACUCGGAUAUCGGAUUAUUUCAGUUGUUUAAUCAGACUGUGACCAAUGAUGAAAUAAGCAUUUAACUUAAACUUGCAAAAUACAUAAUCUUCAAUGAAUUCAGGUCCUUUUUCUUAAUACUGUGAUACACAUCUGAACUUAAUGCUAUAUUGUCUAACUUAUUGCAACGGUACUAGGUUGUGUUGUCUGUUGAUGCCAGAGUGCUGAGCUCUGUAAGAAGAGGGGAACAAUGUGUGUGUUGAAGGGUUCUUCUUGGUUAAGGCCUGCGGUAAUCUGUGUUACAGUGCGAACGUUUGAUCUAAACAAUCUGUGUAGUGCUUAUGCAACUAAAAUAAGGAAUGUUCAGUGUAACAGAAUAACUUUUUUCAGGGUCCACAACAACUCCUAUUUUUGCUUAAUGGACAGAAUGUAUUAAUGAAAAUCAAUAAACUGACACCCAAUGGAGGCUUCUUCCUAUGGAGACAAAUUCAAUAUAAUAAUAUAUAUUUCCGGUUUUGUAGCAAAGCAAGUAUUUUAAAAACAGGGCCGAGUUUUAGAUCCGUCUGAAAAACCUAGAAAUGAAUGAAGGUUGACGGUAUCAAGCAAUAACAAUUAUCCUUCAAUACACCGUCACAGUUCAAGGUAUCUACACUUAAACAGAGUACAGACAUAUGAUUUUUACCAGCAGUUUUGUUAAAUGGUAAAUGGCUUUUUGUUCCAGAUCAGGUAUCAGCUGUUGUUCUCAUGAUCCUAUAAAGUAUCGGUGAGCCGUAGCUGCCAAGGCUCCGUGUUGAACUCCACCUUCAUGCAGCAAGGGAAUCUGCUGGGAAGAUGUACGGCGAUAACACCCCAGGGUCGAUUGGCUCCAUCGUCACCUGUAACCAUAACGACAGAGUCAGCUGGUCACAUGACAUGAUGGAUAACAAACAUUUGUGUUUAAAAGACACUGGUAAGAUCUGGGAAAGUUUUGAUAAUAUUGAGAAGCUAUUCUUAAACUUGUUUUUUGACGUUUAAUAUAAUUUUGGUGUUAAAUUGCUGUAUCCGGGAAAUUGCUGAAGACCUGUUUAUGCUUGGUGUUGAAUUGAUGAUUGAUGUCAGUACUGGUCACACUUUGCUAAAAGCUUAAGUUCCUCCAGUGCAGCUGUCUCUCAUGGGACCUUAUCUUGUAAAUAAAUAGAGAACCAAAAUCCCUAAAGAGAAACUCAACAUUUUUCAUUGCCUUACACUUAAUCCGGUCUGUUUCUUGUGUCUAACCAAGUGUCAAAGAGAAGCCUUGCCUUGAAAUCUCACGCUAUGAAGUUGAAUAGUCGCAGUAAAACCCAACCCUCCUUCACAGAUCUUCACAAAUCUUUUAGACAACACUAACACAAAAAACACUUUGCUGGCAGUCCUCUCUCCACCUUUCACUCACGAUUCCAGCGUUCUUUUCAUGCAACAACUUGGCUACACAAUAACAUUCAGACUCGAUCUAGUGAAAGGCAAAGAACAAAGGUUGUAUUUCUCUGUAGGGAUCCUUUCAAAUUAUCCUGUCAGACAUAAUAACAAUCUGAGUCUCAGUGGAAAAUAAAGCACUUAUUUGAGGUGGAGAGGUGGUGGAGUGUGAUUGCCCCAAGGGAUUACAUUGCUGCCUGUUUUGCUGAUUGCGUCUGCAGCUUGCUCGCUCGAUACCAGACCAAUUUCCAAAAAUUGUCGUCCGUAUUAGUCCCUUCGACCCAAUGAUGUGAAAAUGGGGCCCAGGUUGGAUACCCCUGAAGUUAUCAUUCAAUGACUACCGAUGGAAAGGAUGAGAGCAGCAUGGGAAUUGUGCUGGAAGGAAAGGAGAGCACAG